UUCUAUAGCUACAUUUCUUCCUUCCAGCGUCAAUCAUCUCCAAUUCAUUCACACUCUUCACCAUGCCUCCCCUCUACAUCCUACUUGGGCUUCUCCUCUUUUCUUCCUUGCACACUCCUUCAUGUUUCUCUGCAGCUGCAAAUGAUACGCUCACAGCAGGCCAAGCGCUCGCUGUGGGCGACAAGCUCGUCUCAAGAAACGGCAAGUUUGUGCUUGGCUUCUUCCAGCCAGCUGCAAGCAUCACCAGUAAGUCCGACAACACCAUCUCCCCCAACUCCAACUGGUACCUUGGCAUAUGGUUCAACAAGAUCCCAGUUUUCACAACUGUGUGGGUUGCUAACAGAGACGAGCCAAUUACUGACUCCAAGCUCAACCUAACACAGCUCAAAAUCUCAACCAAUGGUAAUCUUGCCAUCGUAACCCAUGCCGGUACUGAAUCCUUAAUCUGGUCCACUCACAUUGCCAAUAGGACACAAACCAGCAUAAACGCCAAUAGUGCCGUUCUCUUGAACAGUGGGAACCUUGCCCUCUUCGUAGAAAGCCCAUCAUCGAAGGUACCGUUGUGGCAGAGCUUCGAUUACCCAGCAGAUGUUGCCCUCUCUGGUUCCAAGUUUGGCCGGAACAAGGUCACCAAUCUGAAUCGCCAGCUCAUCUCAAAGAAGAGCCUAAUCGAUCCGGGCCUCGGCUCAUACAGCAUGAGACUAGGCCUUGGUGGGAUGGUCCUCCAGCGCAUCAACCCCUCCAUUGUGUACUGGUCUUGGGCAUCCGGAACAUCAACAUCCAAGCUUAUACCAAUACUUGAGGCAAUUUUGGAAACUGAUCCACGGACCAAAGGUUUGUUUGACCUAACAUAUGUUGAUAACAAUGUAGAAGAAUACUACAUGUACACUUUACCGGAUGAUACAUAUUCCGUAUUUAUACAACUAGACAUCUCUGGUCAGAUCAAGCUGAAUAUUUGGUCUGAAACCAAACAGUCCUGGCAAAACUUACAUACUCAACCUGUUGAUCCCUGCAGUCCGCCUGCUACCUGCGGACCUUUCACAGUCUGCAACAACAAAGCAAGUGCAUCCUGUUCCUGUAUGGAGAGCUUUUCUCAGAAGUCGACACAUGAUUGGGAGUUUGAUGAUCGAACAGGAGGAUGCAUCAGAGAUAAUCCCUUACAUUGCACCGGUAAAGGAAACACCACAAGUUCAACAGACAUGUUCCACCCAAUUGCUAAGGUUCAAUUGCCCAUCAGCCGGCAAAGCAUAGACGUUGCCACCACUCAGAGCAAAUGUGAAGAAGCUUGUCUCAACUCCUGCAUCUGCACUGCGUAUUCCUACAACAACAGCAGAUGCUCUGUCUGGCACGGGGAAUUGUUCAGUGUAAACCUGAAUGAUGGCGUUGGCAUUACUUCUGAAGAUGCUCUUUACCUCCGCCUUGCCGCCAAAGAUUUGCCAAAUCUAAGAAACAGAAGAAAACCAAACAAUGGAUUUGUUAUUGCUGCAAGCGCUAUUAGUUUAGGAAUGAUAAUAAUGCUCAUGCUGUUGAUAGUGAUUUGGAGGAACAAAUUCAAGUGCUGUGGUUCACCAUCAUAUGACAAUCAAGGAAGUGGUGGGGUUAUAGCCUUUAGAUAUGCUGAUUUAGUUCAUGCUACUAAAAACUUCUCCGAAAAGCUGGGAGCAGGUGGUUUUGGUUCUGUAUACAAGGGAGUAUUACGUGACUCGACUACUAUAGCAGUGAAAAGGCUUGAUGGUGCCCGUCAGGGAGAGAAGCAGUUCAGGGCGGAGGUGAGCUCAAUUGGACUCAUCCAACAUAUCAACCUAGUCAAAUUGAUUGGUUUCUGCUGCGAAGGUGAUAAAAGGCUGCUUGUGUAUGAAAACAUGGUAAAUGGAUCUCUCGAUGCUCACCUAUUUGAGAGCAAUGCUGCUGUCCUGAAUUGGAACACCAGGUAUCAAAUAGCCCUAGGAGUUGCUAGAGGAUUGUCCUACCUGCAUCAGAGUUGCCACAAAUGUAUCAUACAUUGUGAUAUUAAGCCAGAAAACAUACUUCUCGAUGCAUCAUUUGUUCCUAAAGUUGCAGACUUUGGGUUGGCAGCAUUUGUGGGAAGGGAUUUUAGCCGUGUCCUGACUACAUUCAGAGGAACUGCAGGCUAUCUUGCCCCAGAGUGGCUUAGCGGAGUUGCUAUUACUCCAAAAAUUGAUGUUUACAGCUUUGGCCUGGUACUGUUGGAAAUCAUAUCAGGAAGAAGGAACUCCCGUGAAUCAUACAGUAGCAGCAAUUAUCAUAUGGAAUAUUUCCCAGUGUUAGCCAUCACCAAGCUUCACGAGGGAGAUGUGCUGAGUUUGGUGGAUCCACAAUUACAUGGAGACAUCAAUUUGGAACAGGCUGAAAGGGCUUGCAAAGUUGCAUGUUGGUGCAUCCAAGAUAAUGAGUUUGAUCGGCCGACGAUGCUUGAAGUGGUCCGGGUUCUUGAGGGUCCACAGGAGAUUGAUAUGCCCCCGAUGCCAAGACUACUUGCAGCUAUAACAGAACGCUCAGAUGCAACUUCAAUGUAAUAAUUCACAGAAAAAGGUUAUUCAUAUGGUUAACAUUGGAUCUACAAGUGGUCCUAGCUUCUCUCGGAGGCGCAGCAUGCACCUAUGGAUUCUGGCUGCAGCUAACUUGAGAUGGUUGCUUGGGCACUUUACACCCAGGGUGGCUGGCAGCUUUCUAGAAGAAUUCAUGAUGCAUAAACACCUUGUUUUAGUUUUUUUCCGCUUGCUGAUUUUUAUGUACACCCUGUGUGAUCCAUGAGAUGUAAACUUUGAAUUCUGAAACUUUGCAAUAAAUCGGCUGUGUGCAUCAAUUGGUG